GUUCAUUUUGACUCGAUUUUAGGAUAAUUGAGGCUUUAAUUUACAGUAUACUCAAGUAACGCGAAACAGACCUGUAGUUUAAAGCAGUUAGAUCGGGUUUAGCUGUAAAUGUGUCCGCAGGCUGCGAGUACUUGGACAUAUAUCCUUAUUAGGAAGAGUUCAGCCGGUAAGAGGCCAUGUCAGGGGAUCUUCCACCUCCACCUCUUCCACCUCCACCAGCCUCUGUUCUGGCUCCCCCUGUGUCCAGUAAGAAGAAGCUGUACCAGGCUAUAGCUGAGAGGAAGGCCCCUGUGGAGGGAGACUUUGAGGAGGCCCGGUUACUGCUCGCCCAGAGAGAGGGCAGUUUCAGAAAGGAUCUUGACUGGGUGCUGUGCAACAAAUAUGUGCCGUCAUUGAUUCAGGAUGGCCCUAAAUGUGGUUUAGUGGCGUUAUGGAUGGCAACCCAUCUGCUAAGGCCUACAGAUGCAAUAUCUGUGGAGAAAGUCAUUCAAACAGCACUGGAGAAAGGCUACACUGCCCAGGGGGAGAUGUUCUCAGCGGGUGAUAUGGCCCUCCUUGCAGGGGAAGUGUGUGGCUGCAGAGUUCAGAGGUUAUCUGGUGGGAUGACUGGAGACAAUUCCGCACUGAUCCUCAAACAUCUGAUGGAAGGACAGCCUGUCUUAAUUCCAUAUGAUGAGGAUUUUAAUCAUGAGCCGUGUUUACGCCGUGGCCACAAAGCACACUGGGCUGUAGCUUCAGGUGUAUUAUUUGGCCUGGUUCAGGGAAGCAUAUCCAGCAGCCAUUGCCCCGCUGAUACCACACUACCCUGGCUCCACCUUUCUGAAGGCAGCGCUGCAGCUGUUUGGCCACCGAAUGCAGUCGUAGAAGUCUACAUCCUCGCCAAACAGGGGAAGAGUCUGCGCUACCAGCUGUGGAAGCUGGAAACAGUGGCACAGAGUAACGCCCAGCUCAAAGAGAUGGAACCCCAGAGGGCAAGUGAUGGGACUCACUAUGUGCUGCCCCCUGGUGGAGUGGAGGAGGGGCUUGCAGGUCAGGUGGUGCUGCUUUAUUCAAAGCCAAGCUGAUGGUAUAGGAGAAAAUAACAGAGAUACAGAGACAUAAACUGUGAAGUAGUGCCUCUCUAAUCCAGGCUGUAAUUCACCUCUAAGCCACUAGGUGUCCUUAUGUCUGUACAUUUCUGAGCAUGCUGCUGCUCUGAAUGCUCAAGCAGAAGUGCAGAGGAUUUUUUGGGAAAAAAUAAGGAAUUCUUUCCUGUUCUUUUCUAAUGUGGAUGUCUGAAAGUUCAAGUGCUAUUAGAGACUGAGAUUUAUGUAUUUGCUGCAAUGACU